AUGUGUUUAGACAAAAAGAGCAAGAAAAAAAGUCAAGAAUCAGCUACAGGCGAAGAAAAUGACACACAUAAUCAAAGUGGUCUUGUUGCCGAAAAUGAUGACUUUCCGGUUUUGGCUUCAAGUGCAACUUCAACAGCAACAUCAUCUUUUGAAGCAACAAGAUCGGAAAUGAUCGACAUUAGUGAGAAUGUACGUACUAAAACAACCUUGACUAGAGAUCAACAACCUACUACAGCAUGUGCAAUGAUGAAUGAUAUUAUUGAACAAUUUGAUAACACACCAUUGAUUGAACAAAAGUCGGUCGUACCAAAAUCAUCAUUAAUUAGUAUUGACGAUCAUAUUGUUGCUUUACGUCCGUCCUCACCGGGAAUAAUUGGUCAACCUAUUUCACUCUAUGUUAACCAUUUUCCAGCAAUACUAUCAUCAAAAUUGAGAUGUUACCAUUAUGAUAUUGAUAUCAAAUCAAAACUACAGCGGGAAAAGUUAUUAGACAAAAAACUAAAACAAGAUCGAGUUGUUCGAAUACCUAAAGACAUAGGACAACGUGUAUUUGUGCAAUGGCGAAAUGACUAUGUGUCACAAGCAACAAAUACUGAGUCAGGUGCAAAUCGCAGUCAACUGUAUGGAAUUAUCUUUGAUGGAAAACAAAAUAUUUACACGUGUGAAAAAUUGGAAAAUAUUGAUGAAAAUCCAUCGGAUUUUCAAGUUGAUGUUAUGAAUAAUCGAAAUGUUCGAGAAACGUUCAUUGUUCAAUUAAAAUUGGUUCGUUCAAACAUUAACAUGUCGUUGCUUCAGGAAUAUGCUAGCGGUCAUUCAUCAUUGACUGUUCAUGAUGUACAGGAUCAAUUUCAGAUAAUGGAUAUUUUAUUCAGACAGGGACGAUUAGAAUUCAAUUUUACACCAUUAAAUCGUUCUUAUUUUGAUUUAAAUACUAAUGGAAAUCGUGUUGCUGAUUUGACCAACGGACAAGAGUUGUGGCGUGGCUUUUUUCAGACAUUUCGUUAUUCUGGAAAACAAUUAGCAUUAAAUGUUGACACAUCAAAUGCCGUUUUCUAUAAACAACAAACAGUACUGGAUUUUAUUUAUGAAACAUACUCUUCUCGAAAUGACAGUCGUAGUAGUGGUUAUUCUUCAGGUAGAGGGCGAGGUGGUGGUGGUUAUCGUGGACGUGGAGCAUACCAUGGUGGAGAACAAAGACAACAGCCGUUUGAUAUUGAACAAUGUUUACGAGACAACAAACAUAAUAUUGAACAGAAAUUAAAGGGUUUAAAAAUUAUCACACAAUAUUUGGGUUAUGAGAAAUCGGAUUGGAUUUUAAAACUUGGUGAAACACCUGAUUUAGAAAAAUUUUCUCUCACAUUGACAAAUGGACAAAAACAACUAAUUAGUGUUCGCGACUAUUUUAAACGCACGCAUCCAAAAGUACAAUUAAAUUAUCUACCAUGUAUAAUAACACGAAAAAAUAAUGCUCUACCAAUCGAAUUGUGUAUAAUUGUUCGACAACCAGUGGUUAAAAAAUUAGAUCCAGAUAUUACAUCACAAAUUAUUCGUCAUACAGCCGUUAGUGCACCUGAACGUCGUGAAAUGAUUCUAAAUAAAGUGAAAUCAGCUUCGUAUGUUAAUGAUCCAUUUUUGAAGAAAUGGCAAGUAGGUUUAACAACGACAGACACUCCGAAAAUUGAAGGUCGUGUAUUACCGUCACCAGAUAUUAAUUAUGGUGCCAACAGACGUUUGUCUGGUACUAACAUCGUGCGCCGUGGUGAAUGGAAUAUGGAAAAUUUCACAUUUUAUUCACCAGCAGUGAUUCGUAAUUGGGCUGUUUUGAAUUUGACACAUAUGUAUGAGCAAGAAGUAUAUGAUUACUUUUGUCAAAUGAUGAAUAUGGCAAAGAAAUUAGGUCUUAAUAUUACCAAUGCUGAAUGGGUCGAUUAUGAAUCAUGUCCAAAUGAUACUAAUCUAAGAAAUGUUGAAAAUGCAUUAACAUCAUUAGUAAAACGAAAUAAUCAAUCUUUGCAAUUAAUAUUGUGUAUAAUAAAUAGAAAAAGUUCAGAACCCUAUGGUACGAUCAAACGUUUAUGUGAUCAAAAAUUUGGUAUUGUUACACAAUGUAUACAGAAGAUAAAUGUCACAAAAAAAAAUCCACAAACAAUGGCCAAUAUUUUUCUCAAAAUAAAUCCAAAAUUAGGUGGUAUUAACAGUUCAAUAAGUUCGAUAUUUCCAUUUGACAAAUCACAGGGUGGUAUCAUGAUUGUUGGUGCUGACGUAUCACAUGCAGCAAGUAGUGAUAAUUAUUCAGUGGCUGCUAUUGUGGCAUCAACUGAUUCGUAUCCGGCACAUUAUUAUGUAGAAAUAUGUUUACAAAAGCAUCCAAAAGGUGGAAAAAGUUUAGAAAUGAUUGUAAAUUUAAGAUUGAUGUUUGCCAACUGUCUCAAAUGCUAUCGAGCAAAAAAUAAAAGUUUACCAAGUAUUAUAAUUUUUUAUCGUGAUGGUGUGUCAGAAGGACAAUUUAAUAUUGUAUUACGUACUGAAUUGUUACUAAUGCAACAAGCAUGUCAAGAUGUUGAUCGAAGUUAUCGACCAAAAAUAACAGUGAUUAUUGUACAAAAACGACAUCAUACUAGAUUAUUUCCUGUUAAUUCAAUCGAUGAAUGUGGUCGAUCGAAAAAUAUUCCUCCCGGUACAUGUGUUGAUCAAUAUAUAACAACACCAUCUAAUUUUGAUUUUUAUCUAUGCAGUCAUUUUGGUAUACAAGGUACAUCUCGUCCAACACACUACUACGUUAUUUUUGACGAAAAUAAUUUUAAUUUCGAUAAAAUACAAAUGUUAACAUAUAAAUUAUGUCAUACAUAUGCACGUGCAACAAGAAGUGUUAGCAUACCAGCACCGGUUUAUUAUGCACAUUUGGCAGCAUUUCGUGGUCGUGUAUAUAUAAAGAAUUAUGAUUUAGACAAUCAUUCUCAACGAUCUGGUGCUGAUGAUGACAGCCAAAAGUCAGUGAAUUCUGAACCAUUAGAAAUAAAAGAGAAUCUGGUACAAAAUGGUUUAAUUAUUGUAUAA